CAUAAACUCUCGAACCAAUCUUAACUCAGAUUUCUCGAGCCCAUCCUAACUCAAAUUUCUGAAUCCGUCUCUUGUUAUCGCAAAUUAAUUCAACAAUGUCCUCUUUAUGCAUAUCUCGUUGUAUCGACGAUGCACGGCCUCCGGUGAUGGUGGCUCGUGCCACCUUCACAAACCUCUACAAGUGGCCCGAGUCCGACGCCGAGUUCCUCCGCUCCGUCAGCUCCAACCGCCACCGUGACCUUGGUGACACCACCAGACCCCACCUCCCUAGGGUCAGAGUGGUGGACAGUAUCUCAUGUAGACAACUCUAUCUAAGAAGCUACACUUUCUCAAGGGACGACGACGACCGCGAUCAGAUUCAGCCGGCAAGGACCACUGGCAAGGCCGGAAGGUCAAGACCCAUGACCAGGAGGGAGAGGAAACGGACCAGUCGCCGCGGAGGUGCCGGAUCCAGGACGGUGGCGGCACUUCGCUCGGUUUUCCGGCGAUUGCUUUCUUGUACCGCAAAGGUUGACGUGGUCGGUUGAUGAUAUUAAUUUUCAUACAAAAUAAAUAAUAAUAUUAAUUAUU